AUGGCCGUUUCCAAACGCGUUCAUGGGACACCAGCCGCCUCCAUCGGUGCGCGCGAGGCGAAGGCGCGGGCACCGGCACCGGCACCGGAUUGCCGGGAACCGUUUCACGGUGGUUCGUUCUUCGACCACGAAGGCCUGCCAUACUGCGAGACGCACUAUCACGCGAAACGAGGAUCACUGUGCGCUGGUUGCUCGAAACCCAUCACCGGACGCUGCAUCACGGCCAUGUUCAAGAAAUUCCACCCGGAGCAUUUCGUGUGCGCCUUCUGCCUGAAGCAGCUGAACAAGGGCACAUUCAAAGAGCAGAACGACAAGCCGUACUGCCAUCAGUGCUUCGACAAGCUGUUCGGUUGA